GGAAAAUGAUAUAAACGGAUAUUAAGUUGUAUAACUUACAUCACACGAUCGGACAGUCAUCUGCUUAACCAAAGUAAUGGCAUACCUGAGACGAGAAGCAGGGGGACCUCAGACCCCUAUGACAUUCUCUCAAUUCAUAAAGGAGACAGCUGAAAGAAUCUUAGGUAGAGAGAAAUGUUUGACAGUAUCUGGGCUGACGAUGGCCAUCAAGAACGACCCCUGCUGUAAAUAUCUUCAGCUAAAACCGCUCAGCCUUCAGAAGAUUCUACAGGGUUACUCGGAAUCCUUCAGUCUUAAAGGAUCACAAGAGGACCCGAAUGUCUCACUUCACCUCAGCAUCGAUGUCUGUGACAAUGUGAGGAACUGCCCUGGUUUUCCACAGUGUAAGGAUCUCCAUAUUUGUAAAUACUUCAUGCUGGACAACUGCAUUCAUACGAAGAGAAAAACUAGAAAACCCUGUCCUUAUCCGCAUACACUGAGUUCAAAGCACAAUAGGAAAGUUCUGCAGCAUCAUCAUCUUCUGUAUAUGGACCUACCGACCAUUAAGAAAAUGAUUCAGGAGGAAUCUGGGGAUAAGACACAGAGCACCUGCACCUCCCCCACGCAUGAACAUGUACCAUUAAAGCUCUGUUAUUACUACAACCGUCGAGCCUGCGAGAGAGAGAAUUGUUCUUACCUUCACCUGUGUGAGUUCUUUGUUAAGGGCACGUGUAAGUUUGGAAGACGAUGUAAAAAGAGCCAUGACGUACAUUCGCGCCAAGUUCAAGAAAUUCUGUCGGAAAAUAACCUUGACCUGGAUGGAGAUGUGGAAGAUAUUCUGGAGAGCCUGCGGGAGGAGCUGUACGGGGGGAGUGUAGAGGAGGAGGAAUCAGAUGAAGAGGAGGACGAGGAACAGAUAGAAGUGUAUUCACAGCACUGUCCUCCCAGGAGAAGCUACACAAACUUCAGAAGAGGAGAUCGUCAUUGAGGUGUGGACGGAGUUGUUCUGAUACGAAACAAGAUACACGUAAAAGACAAAAAGAAUAUAAAAGAGAAGUCGUCAGGUCCGCAUUCUGAUUUGUGAAGAACAAUUUUUAAAAUGCAGAGUGAAUUGUAUUGAUCUAUCUAAAGAUUUUUUGUUUACAUUUUCAUAUACAUGCAAUUUUCUAUAAUAUAUCUCACAAUUUUUAUUUUAAUUCAAUGACAAGCACAUUUCAUGUAUUGCAUUCUUAAAUCUUGAGCCUGACACCCUAUGCCAUUCCUAUCUAUAAUAAUUUUGUUUCUUAAACAUUGCAAGAUUCUUGGUAGGGGCGACUUCAGAGUUAAUACGUGUUGACCCAAGCAAUAUUUGGUCAUUUUGAUGUUUUAUGGUAUGGUAUUGACAUAUCUGACCUUGUCUGGCUCGUAAAAUAUUGAAAAAUUGAAGAAUGAAGAAUAUAGAAAUUCCUUGUGGACAGAAAGCUUAUGAGCUGUGUUAAGCUUCAUCAUUCAAGUCGGGAAGAUUUCAGUUUUUAAUGCUUAAUUGAGUUCCAAGACUUUUACAGAGGCUCUGAAAGUCACUGCAGAUGACUGAACGAGGUAAUUUAUCAGUCAACAACAUGUGGUGGUACCGGUGAACAUUAUCUCUAUUUCGUUCUUUAUUUAACUUCAGUUCUACAUGUACUUACUUCUUUACGUAAAUUUCCAUAUUCGUAUUCGAUUUGUCUUUAAAACUUCAUUAUCUAUUAAUUAAUUACUAGCCUCACUCUAGGCGGACUCAAACUCCCCUGGAAAAUAUCUUAGAAUUAAAAAACUGUAAAGAAACACAACGCGAAGCAUAAAACCUUUCAAUAGUAGUGGCUGAAUGCCAGACUACUACAAAUGAAAAGAAAAGCAAAAUAAAAGGACGAGUAGCAUUGUAACUCAACAUGAUAUGUUAUUUAAAAAAGUACAAAGAAAAAAGUUUUUUAUGGAUUAGUUAUAUAGUUUAUGUGUACAGAAGUCUAAUAUAAAAAAAAAUAUAAUUCAUCCUGGUGGAUGCAUACAAUAGUCAAAUAAUGUAAUGAGUACCUACAGUGGCUGCUAUAGGACACGAAUGGGAAUUAAUUAAUUUCGUGGGAACGAAUUUUAUGUCGUGGGAACGAAUUUUAUUUCGUGAGAUCGAAAUUUAAUUUAAUUGGAAUUAGCUCUUAAAUAAAAUUUGUAGGUCGUUGCACGUUCAUCAAAGCAAAAAAAUUGAGUUGAUGGAAAUGAUGAAAGCACGGUAUUCGAUUUACAGAUUUAUGUGAAAAAAUAUAAUAAUAACUAUCUCAACAAAAUCAAUGUGAAAUCAACGAAAAUAUUAAUAAAAAAGAACAUGUAAAUAAAUUAAUUGACCGUACAGCAAUUGUUAUUUGCAUCUAUGUAUGUGCCAUAAUUUAUAUUUAAAGUGACAAGUAAUCAUUUUCAGCUUUUUUAUUUUGAUUUUAUUUUUUAUCUACAUGUGUAAGUUAUUGCAUGAAAAAAUAAAUCUUGUAAUCUUCUUA